UUCAUGCCGAAGUCCCAAAAAAUGAACCAAAGGACAAGAAAAAAGGUUGGUAUACACAUGUAUACAGCUGAUAUACGUUGGAAGCGGCAGCUGCCCUCUAUUACACCAUGCACAAUAAAAAAUAGAGGGGAAAUAAGCAGGUUUUCACGCUGAUAUACACUGUAUAUGCAGUGAUAUACAGUAAAACGCGAAGAAAAUUGGGACUGAUAUACAUCCUGGAAAUGGAUCCAAAGUCCACAAAAGAAUAUAGCCCAAGGCUGAACAAAUCAUAAUGGGCCAAAAGCCCAAUCCAAGGUUCUUUUUAUUUACUAAAAUUUACAUAUAUACACAAGGUAAAGUUACCUUAUUAAUCCCAAUUUGGUAAAGUAAUUACAUAAAUUCCAAAGUAAUUACUUAAAUCCCUUCCUUUUUUACUUUCUCUCUCAUAUACCUUAUACAUCCAAAAACACACUGAUUUCUUCCCUUUUUUGCUCCAUUACACACCCAUUUUUUCUCCAUUUUUGAAACUUAUUUUCACGCCUAAAUUCAAGCAACGUAUACUUAGAGGUUACCAAUUUGUAAGUUUUCAAGCAUUAAUUUAUCUUUCUGAUUUACUUCAUUAAUUUUUGGAAAAAAAAAUUUCAACUUUACCAAAUCAGGAUAUUUUUCCGAAUCUUCUUUGGUUGCAUGUUGUUUUGUAUGAAAUUACCGUCUGUUGCAAUCAUAUUUAAGUUUUGUAAUUUGAUUUUAUCAAUUUUUUUCCAUAAACUACAAGUUAGAUCUUUGAAUUUCUUGGUUUGUAGUUGCUACUGCUUAAUCAAUAUAGUGUAAAAUUCAUAAUGGAUUCUCGUUUUACCUUUAGUUUAGGAUUUAGUCUGUUAGAUGCUCAGGAAUAAGAUAUUGUUGUUGUUAUAUUUGAUUACGAAGAACCCAAUUUUGCAGAGAAUCGUUCCAAGCACUAAAACGAUUCGGUAACCAUGAAGAAAUUGAAGAAAGUGGCAAGUUCUAGUUCAAAGAAAUCAGCUUCAAAAUCGACUAGUAAGAAGAAGGUUGAUGUGGCAAGUUUUAGUUCGAAGAAGUCAGCUUCAAAAUCGACUAGUAAGAAGAAGGUUGAUGGGUCCGGUCGACCAUGUCUUCCGAAGGGGAUGAUAUACCGUAUUGACACAGUCCCGGCUCAUCCGUUGUAUAUUGAUAGCUUAUGUAACCGUACUUUUGGUGAAGACAUAAAGGCAUAUUUUUUAGAAGAUAUUUUAGGAGCAUUUACAAAUACAAUUUUUGGGAUAUUUCUCGAUUCGUCUCAAUGCAAUUGGAUAAGAAAGAUUUCAAAAUGUCUCCUUAUGCUAGAAAUCCAACAAGAUAAUAAGGACAAGAUUCAUGUGCGGGUGCAGGGGAACAUCCUGAAAUUUAUGAUGCUUGAAUUUGCCAUCAUUACCGGUCUUAAAUAUACCAGUAAUAUUGAUGAGUAUAUGUAUUCUUCAUCGCCAAAAUUAGCUUUGAUCUUGAAGUAUUUUUCCGACGUUGUAGGUGGAAUAACUAGGUCAAAACUUAUAACACGUGUGAAGAUGGGAAACUUCGAUAACUCUGAACCUUGCGAUAUUAUAUUUUGUUCAUACAUUUGUAUUUUCUCAGCAUCGUGA